GAUCAAACUGCUUCUCACUGAUCUGCUUACGUCUUGCAAAGUGUCAUUAUAUGAUUUUCAAUUGUAAUCAUUAAUUCGAUAUGCUACAAGCAACACUGCGACCGACUUUAGUUCGCUCAGCUCUAGGUAGAGCGAGCAGGAGGGUGUCAACUCUGCCAGCGCACCCCGAAAUAUAUGUGUUUACAGAUCCACGGAGUCAUACACAUAAACUUCUAUCACUCCUCUCGACCAAUCCGCCCAAGCCGGAGCUCGCACUAGGGACGACGAGUGAAUUGCCACCACGUCCGGGAUCUUUCACAGACAAUCCGAGAUUCCUGUCCAUCCUCCAGACGGUCAUAGCUGAGAAUGCCAGAAAUGACCCAGAUGUGAUAUCUCAAGCGCAAUCUAUGGCAUCAAUUGGAGGUGCGGUACUGGGUAGUGGAGGCGUCUUCUUCCCGCACCAACCCAAGAAAAGAACGCACACAUCUGGCGGCGGUGGUGGUGCCGGAGGAAAUGGUGCCGGUGGUGCUAGUGCUCAAGGUGGCAUGGGAGGAGGUGGCGUAGGUGGGUUCAUACAUGUCAGCUCUACACGGAAUCCUCCGGAUUUUGGACGCAUAGCUGCGCCAGAAGACAUAUUCGGAAGUAUCGAAGUUGAUUCACAUGGCCAAAUCGUGGAAGGGAAAUCUUCAUACCAGGAAAGCGGCACUUUCAGAAUUGUCACCCGAGAGGGAAUACUAGGGCUUAGUCCUUUUCUGCAGGAAAAACUUGUACAGAAAUUAAAGGAAAUCGAGGGUACAAUGCAAUAAUGGUGGAAAGGUCAUUUUCGGUCUGUACAAGGAGCAGG